AUGUUCAUGAAGAGUUCGUUUCUCCGCCAGUUCAGGAAAGAAGAAACUUCAUUGCAUCCGGUUGGAUUCUCAGAGCCGUCUCAAAUCGACACUAAAAAGCCGUCCUCCUUGAUUUGGAAAGGGCUGGAAGAUGGAAACGCAAGUUCAACCUGUGAUUUAGAUGACGAUGACUAUUUUGAGAGUGAUCAGUUUAUCUCUUCUAAUGAGGCCAACUUGUCUACAUCUUCAAAAACCAACUGGAGUGAUAAUAAAUGGAGCAAAAUGCUUAAAUUUGGUGAUGAAUCCAAGAAAAGAGAUACAGUUCAGUUUACUCCAGAAUCACCUAAGAUAAUCAAUUUGCGAAAUGCGUCGCAGAAACCACACGUUAACAAGCCUAUCAUUUCUUUAGAUAGUUUCGAUCACGCUAGACCCCAUUCUCCACUAGAUGGCAUGGCAGUUCCGAAAAAAGCUCCAGAAUCGCCAAUGUUGAAUUUUCUCAGCAAAAAACCUAGUGCCACUUUUAUGCAAUCACCAGACGCACAUAAUGUCUCAACCAGCUCUGAGGAUUCUAUUUACUUCCAUCAAGCCUCCAAAAUAUGUCAAGAUUAUGCGGGAGAGGUGAAGACCCACCUUGACAAAGUUCAUGAUAAAGCAGUCACUGAGUUUUCAGUUGAAGAUAAAUCAGACACAUUAUGCGACAAUCUCAAAUUUCUGUACAAGCGCUUAAGACAAGAGGCGGAAAAUCUUGAGACAUGGAAGUGUUGUACCAUAUCAAAAUUAGAGGAAAAAUGUCUAGAUUUGCAGUCCUAUGAAUCACUUGUUGAAAACUUGCGAAAGGCAAACCUUGAGCUACAAAUGAAUAUGGAAACCGUUAGUUUAAAAUAUAAAGAUGAGCUAGCUGUAAGAGAAAAAUUGGCUGAACAGUUUUCAGCCAUCAAGCAGCAGUGCACAACAUUGGAGCUCAAAACCGAAAAAUUAAUAGAGGCAAAUCUAACAAUUAAGAGCAAGUUUUGUCAGUCGGAAAUCGUACAUAGUUCUCUCCUGUCUAUAUUUAAGACGAUAAAAGACAACUUCAUCGAGCAGUCGAACAAAUGUUUAGAUAAAUUUAAAGAAUCAGAAAAAUUAGUUGCAGGUAAGAUAUUGGAUCUGGAAACACUACAAAAAUCGAAUAUUGCAAUGGACGAAAAAAACGAAAUAUUGAAAGAUGAGCUUCUUCAUUGGCAACAAAAGCAUCACAACGAUAUAGUUCAGCUACAAACUGAGAUUGAUCAGCUUAGCACUGAAAAUAUUGAGCUUAAGGAGUUGGAGAAAACCUUAAUGUGCACCAACGAGAAAAAUUUGUCGCUGAUUAGACUCCUGGAAGAUGCUAUAGCAGAGGAAAAAAUAAAUAGAGAAAACGCCGAAUAUAUGCUGAAAAAUAACAGUAAAGAAACUGAUGAGCUCAGAGAUUUAGUUGAAAAGAUUAGAGACAAGAAUGUAUACGUAUUAGAAAUGUUAAAUACUCUUGACAAAAAGUUCAUCCAUCUUGAAAACCAGACAACAACGUUACGAAGCCACUUUAAAUGUUUUACUAACAGAAUAGAAAACAUAAUAGCUAAUUUAACUUCAUUUCAGAUUCGACAAAGAAACGGCAGAGAAGAAAUAGUCAUUAAUCUAAAAGAUGAACAGCAAAACAUCAGAAAGUUAGUCCAGAAAAUGAACGAAAGAUCGAUUGUUAUCCACAAGUUCGAAUCAAGCCUGUAUCACACAUGCGUUGAUUUAGUAAUGGAAAGUGAAAUCUCGAAGAUCGACAGAGAAAACCUAGUAAACCUAAACAGGAAGGUCUUUGAGUUGGAGAAAGAAAUAGAAUUUUACCAUAUAAGUGAAAAUGCUCUGAGAGAUGCACUGAAAAAAUGUCAGAUCCAAAAUGAAAAAUUGCAAAUUAACAACGGCUCUUUACACACGCAGCUAAAUUGUGAAAGCCGAAAUUGUGCAAAAGCUAAUGAGAAUUGUUUAAAAGCUGAAGCUUUGGUCAAGCAUUUAGAAGAUAAAAAGCUAAAUGAAUCCAUGAAUCUUAUAGAAAAGCUUAGAGAACAGACCAAAGAACUGAAUCAGGAAAAGAAGGAAGUUCUAAAGAAGCUCAUGAAAAAAGAGCAAGAACUUAAGAAGCUGGAAGUAAAAGCAAUAAAUCAAAAUAUGGCCGAAACGCCUACUAAAACCCCAAAGAGUAUAUUGAAACAACCAGGUUCAGCUACCAAGCGUAGGAGAGUGUUUUUCGCUUCCCCUGAUUAUGGAAGCCUGAUGAACAACCAGAAAGAGCCAAGCUAUCAGAAUCAAGAAUGUGAGUUUCCAUUGCUUAAGAAAUUGAGCCCAUUUACAAUGAAUACACCUACAAUUCAAAACCUUCAAACACUUGACAAAGUGACUAAUAUUCGGAAAACACCACGAAAAACUGGCCGUCAAAUCACAGAAGAAUUUUACAAGGUGGAUACCGAAAAAUCUUGGUUUGACUGUGAACAAAUCUUCGGUUACGGGGCAGAAGAUUAA